AUGUCAGAAUUGGCCGGUGGUGGAGAAGCUAAGGCAGAAGUGAAGCAAGCCAGUAAAGACGUCAAAGAAAGCGAAAAUGUUGCUGAGAAAUAUUCUGCUAUGACCGUGAGCAAAAACAGUGAGAUGAACAUGGGAGAUCUGACCACUGUCCUCAGUGCUGUGCCCACUCACAAACCUGUCAAAAAGCAAAUCCAGUUUGUGGAGGACAAACAGGAGUUCAACAGAUUCCCAACAAAAACUGGCCGACGCUCCCUGUCACGCUCUAUUUCUCAGUCUUCCACCGACAGCUACAGUUCUGAUAGCUCAGACGACGAGACCUCUCCUCGUGACAAAACGCAAGUCAAUGUGAAGGGCAGCAGUGACUUUUGUGUGAAGAACAUAAAGCAGGCAGAGUUUGGUAGACGGGAAAUAGAGAUAGCAGAACAAGAUAUGGCAGCGUUGAUCUCACUCAGAAAGAGAGCUCAAAGUGAGAAACCAUUGGCAGGUGCCAAAGUCGUGGGCUGCACUCACAUCACUGCACAGACAGCCGUUCUGAUUGAGACUCUAGUGGCUCUUGGAGCUCAGUGCCGCUGGACUGCAUGUAAUAUUUACUCCACUCAGAAUGAAGUGGCCGCCGCACUAGCCGAGUUUGGUGUAUCUGUAUUUGCCUGGAAAGGGGAAUCCGAGGAUGACUUCUGGUGGUGCAUCGACCGCUGUGUCAACACUGAGGGGUGGCAGCCAAAUAUGAUACUUGAUGAUGGAGGCGACUUAACACACUGGAUGUACAAGAAGUAUCCAAAUGUGUUUAAGAAGAUCAGGGGCAUUGUGGAAGAAAGUGUCACAGGGGUUCACAGGCUGUACCAGUUGUCGAAAGCUGGGAAGCUGUGUGUGCCAGCAAUGAAUGUAAACGAUUCAGUGACAAAACAGAAAUUUGACAACCUCUAUUGCUGCAGAGAGUCCAUUCUGGAUGGAUUGAAGAGAACCACUGAUGUCAUGUUUGGAGGAAAGCAGGUGGUUGUGUGUGGUUAUGGAGAGGUUGGUAAAGGAUGUUGUGCUGCUUUGAAAGCUCUGGGAGCCAUCGUGUGUGUUACUGAGAUUGAUCCCAUCUGUGCCCUGCAGGCUUGCAUGGAUGGGUUCAGAGUGGUCAAGCUCAAUGAGAUCAUUCGUCAUGUGGAUGUGAUUAUAACAUGCACUGGAAAUAAAAAUGUGGUGACUCGAGACCAACUGGACCGAAUGAAAAAUGGCUCCAUUGUGUGUAACAUGGGACACUCCAAUACGGAGAUUGACGUGGCAAGCCUCCGGACUCCAGAGUUGACUUGGGAGAGAGUACGUUCGCAAGUGGAUCAUGUCAUUUGGCCAGAUGGGAAGAGGGUUAUUCUGCUGGCAGAGGGUCGUCUUCUGAACCUCAGCUGCUCGACUGUUCCCACUUUUGUUCUUUCCAUCACUGCCACAACACAAGCGCUGGCACUUAUAGAGCUGUACAAUGCUCCAGAGGGACGAUACAAGCAGGACGUGUACUUACUUCCCAAGAAAAUGGAUGAAUAUGUUGCCAGUCUGCAUCUUGCUACUUUUGAUGCCCACCUAACAGAGCUGUCUGAUGAGCAGGCCAAAUACCUCGGCCUGAACAAAAAUGGCCCGUUCAAACCCAACUACUACAGGUACUAA